AUGGGUAUCAAAGCGAUCACCAGUUGUUGUUUUGUGUUAUUUCUUUUGAUUAUUGUUGAUGUUGAUGGAGCUUGGACCAUUUCAAAAGAAGAAGACAUGGAAUUAGAAAAACAAUUGAAGAUCCUGAAUAAGCCUGCUGUUAAAACCAUUAGAACAGAUUCGGGUCAAAUCUUCGAUUGUGUGGACAUUCACAAACAACCGUCUUUGGAUCAUCCUUUGCUUAAAAAUCAUAAAGUUCAGAUGACUUUUGAUGGUUUUCCGGAAUCAAUGAAAGAUAGACCCUUGGAAGGAAAAGGGCUAUCAGGGUUUGGUGUAGGGUGCCCGAUUGGAACAGUUCCAAUUCGAAGAUCUGCAAAGCUUGCUGCAAAUGACAAGCCAAUAUAUGGAGUGACGAGCAUAUUGAAUGUAUAUAAACCUACACUUCUAUCUCCAGACCAAGUUAGUGGCUCUAUCAUUUAUCUCUCCACUGGCUUUGGUGAUGACUCCAAGAGUGUUGUAAGUGUAGGAUGGGCGGUGAUGCCUCCGGUUUAUCGAGACAACUUCACUCAUUUAUUUGCAUAUUGGACUGCAGAUAAUAGUAAGACCACGGGUUGUUAUGAUAUUCUUUGCCCAGGAUUUGUACAACAAAGCCAAGAAUUUGCCUUGGGUCGAACAUUUCCCGGCUCUAACUACAAUGGCUCACAAAUACACAUUAAAGUUCUUGUAUCCAAGGAUUCCAAAUCAGGUGAUUGGUAUCUAAGGGUAAAUGGCGCAAGUGUUGGGUACUGGCCUAAAGAGCUCUUCAGAGGAGCAUUUGAAGUUGCCAAAGAGGUAAACUGGGGAGGAGAAAUAUUCAGCCCAAGGCAGCCUUGUCCGCCCAUGGGGAGUGGCCAUUUUGAGUCGGAAGGUACUGGUAGGGCAUGCUACAUAAGUGGUAUGCGGUAUCAAACUGCCGCUGGAGGGUAUUUUGAAGACAUUGACCCUGAACUUCAGGCUCUUGUGGACAGACCUCACUGCUAUAACGUUUCCAUGCCCAGUUAUCUUAGUGAAAUCACUGGUUAUAUAUUUUUAUUUGGGGGUCCUGGUGGCCAAUGUUGA